AUGACUAAAGAAGACGAGAUUCCUGAUUGGGUGGGAGCACAGGAGUUUUACGAGAAAUAUGAUCCAAAGGAGAUCCUGGGCAGGGGGGUAAGCAGCGUUGUACGGCGCUGUGUCGAUAAGCGCACUUCCCAGGAAUACGCCGUAAAAGUCAUAGACAUUACACCAUCUGACAAGAUGACACCUGAAGAAAUUGAAGAGAUCCGUGAAGCCACUGUGAAGGAGAUCGACAUCCUCAAAAAAGUCUAUGGACAAGAGAAUAUCAUUCAGCUGAAGGAUUGCUAUGAGACAAAAGCCUUCUUCUUCUUGGUGUUUGACCUUAUGAAGAAAGGAGAGCUAUUUGAUUACCUCACUGAAAAGGUCACACUGAGUGAAAAAGAGACCAGAAAAAUAAUGCGUGCCUUACUGGAAGUGGUUCAGUUCUUGCACUCGCAGAACAUUGUCCACCGAGAUUUGAAACCCGAGAACAUUCUUUUAGAUGACAACAUGAACAUCAAACUGACUGAUUUUGGCUUCUCGGUGCAGAUAGCACCAGGACAAAAGCUGAAUGAGGUAUGUGGAACACCAGGUUAUCUGGCCCCUGAGAUAAUAGAGUGCUCCAUGGACCCUCAUCACCCAGGUUAUGGGACUGCAGUUGACCUCUGGAGUGCGGGCGUGAUCAUGUACACCCUUCUUGCGGGUUCCCCGCCUUUUUGGCACAGAAAGCAAAUGUUAAUGUUGAGAAUGAUCUUAGCAGGGAGUUACGAAUUCGGCUCACCAGAAUGGGAUGACCGCUCUGACACCGUGAAAGAUUUGAUCUCAAGAAUGUUGGUAGUGGAUCCGGAGCAGCGAUACACAGCCACCGAGGCACUAAACCACCCUUUCUUCCAGCAGUAUGUGGUGGCUGAAGUUCGUCACUUUAGUCCAUACAGAAAGUUUAAGGUGAUCUGUAUGACAGUACUUGCCACGAUGCGCAUUUACUGCAACUACCGUCGAGCCAAGCCCGUUACCAAGGAGGUGAUCAAGAGUGAUCCUUAUGCUGUGAAACCCAUUCGCAAGCUCAUUGAUGCCUGUGCAUUUAAGAUCUAUGGACACUGGGUAAAGAAAGGCCAGACACAGAAUAGAGCUGCCCUAUUUGAGAACAGUCCAAAGGCCAUCUUGCUUUCUAUAGCUGCAGAGACGGAUGAUUCGCUACGAAUGUGGUAA